UAGAUAUCUCUUUAUAAUAUUUUUGGUCAUUUCAGUUAAUCAAAAUGAAUUUUCAUAUAUAUUUCAAAAUUAUUUUAGUAUACUUUUUACAGGUAGUAGAUUUGAAAAUAAUUGAGAUAUCUGGGUCAAACCUUCUAAGAAAGCUUCAGAAUGAUGGUAAAUUCUUGAUAAUAUAUGUUACAAAUGGUUGUCAUGAAUGCAAUCUAGCAUAUUCAAAGUUUGUUGCUGCUUCACAGCCAUUUGACAGAGAGGAAAUAAGGUUUGGGAGAAUUGCUCAUACUGGACUUGCAGCUACAUUAGAAAUUGAUACUUUCCCGUCUCUAAUCUACUUCAAAGCUAAUUCAUAUCAAGUUAAUAGGGCAAAAAUAGAUAUAACAGUUGAUAGUAUUAUACAACUAAUCAGUGAUGUCACAAAGAGAGACUUUAUUUAUAUGGACAAACAUUAUACUGUGGAAGUAAAUAAAGCCAAUUUCGAUGAUACACUAAAUACACCUCGACAAUGCAAAUUAUUGCUAUUGUAUACAAAUGAGAACAAAGACAAAGUAGAAUGGUUUGAUGAUUUAGCGGAGUUAUUCAAAAAUGACGAUAAGAUAAUGUUUGCCCGUUUGGACGUACACAGAGAAGGUGAACUCACGGAUAGGUUCAAAGCGAGGGCGUUCCCAGCUUUAUACUGGUACAGCGAUGAUGAAAUUCCACGAAAGAGCAUGUACGGGGGAAGAUUUGAUAAAAUAGAAAUAAUGGCAUUCAUUGCUGAUAAAACUGGGAUCACAAGACAGCAAAGCGGGGCUUUACCAGAAGGAGCUGGGCUUUUAAAAGAAAUGGACGAGUUGAUCAAAGCUAAUAAGAAUACUAUCGCUAGUGGCAAGAAAAUGAAAAAAAUUGUGCAGAAAGCUAAAGAAAUUAUGGAAUAUUACGACGACAAAGAUUUACAAGAAAUAGCUGAAUACUAUGUUUACUUGUUGGAAGAGGUGGAAUACCACGAGGAAACCUCAGUAAUAGAUGACGAGCGAUACUAUCUUAUCCGAGAAUUAGUCGAUCCAAAAGGACCAAGACAGCGUGAGUUAUUGCUCAAAAAACAAAAUGUUGUUCGGCAAUUCUUUGAUAUAAUGGGAGAUAAGUUGCUGAAGAGGAAUUCUAAACAGUCACCAAUAGUGAAAGCCAAGGAACCACGCCCACAUAAUCAUCACCAUGAUAAAAUACACAGACACGAAGAAUUAUAAAAAGUGGCCAAUGACUUUCACGAACAUUUCAAAUAACACGUGUUUCUGAAAUCAUAUUUAAAUCGUCAUGUAUUAACAGAUUAAUUAGUUCUUAUGACUGCCUCCUUUCUAUCUGAUUUGUUUUAAUUUAUAUGUAGUUUAAUCAUUCUUUCAUUAGGCAUUUUACUUAAUUUU